GUUGUAUAAUGAUAAUUUAUUGUUUGGUUACUGAUCAUAGGUUAUUAUGACCAACAAAUACUGAGAAACAACUGAAACUGGAGAUAACUUACAAUGACUGGGCAUAUUGAGGAUUAUGAGGUUUUAGAAGUUAUUGGAACAAGUUCAUUUGGCACCUGUUACAAAGUCCGGAAUAAACUCUCAGGACAAAUAUUUGUUUGGAAAGCAAUUGAUUAUGGAUCCAUGACUGAAGAAAAGAAGCAGUUGCUGGUUUCCGAGGUAAACCUACUAAGUGAGCUUAAACAUCCGCACAUUGUGAAGUACUAUGACCGCAUCAUACACAAGGAGAGCACAACCAUAUACAUAAUUAUGGAGUGGUGUCAGGGAGGCGACCUAGCAACGCUCAUACACAAGUACAAGAGCAAGGGUUGCAGUGUGGAAGAGGUGUUUGUGUGGCGAGUGCUUUACCAGACGGGUCGAGCUCUACAGGCUUGUCACUCCCACUGUCACGACGUCACAGUGUUGCAUCGUGACAUCAAGCCUGCCAACGUGUUUCUGGAUAGCAGCGGCAAUGUCAAACUCGGUGACUUUGGUCUCGCUCGCAUUCUCCAUAAUGAACAAGUUUUUUCCGACACCAUCGUUGGUACACCAUAUUACAUGAGUCCAGAAAUAAUCAAAGGAAGCAAAUAUGAUCGCAAGUCUGACAUUUGGGCUUUAGGUUGCUUGGUGUACGAACUGUGUGCGCUCAGCCCUCCGUUCAUUGGUGGUGACUUGAAACAGUUGGCUACAAAUAUACGGGAGGGGAGGUUUGAUCCCAUUCCGUCCGAUUACUCGCAAGACCUGCAGAAGAUCAUAGAGCUCAUGUUGAGUGUGGACCACCAGUUCCGUCCAACUAUAGAGAUGAUCCUUCACCAUCCCACAGUGGUCCUUCACGUCAGCAAGAAGUCUAGUUUCAAGUUUGGCAACAAGAGAGACUCUUUCAAAGCAGAAUGUGACAAAGCCACGUUAGCACUUGUUUCUGAAAAGAUAAAAACAUUAUCCUUGAUUGACAGGGAACCGGAGGAAGUCAGCGAAGACACUUUCCAUGAGAAGUGGAUGAUCAGACUGGAGGCUUUGAGACAGAGGGAGGCCAACUUGAGGAAGCGAGAAGACAAAUUGGCUGACAAAGAAAGAUUGCUCUUGAAAAAAGAGAAAAACCUGUUACACCUAGAACGGUUGUCGAGGGAAAAAUUGAUCAGAGCUGAGGUUUACCUGCGACAGUGUAAGGAAAAUAAGUCUUCACAAGUUACAACGAUUUCAAAACCUCACAAAUACAAAAUGAUCGAAGAACUUGACACUUCCUUCAGUGCUGACCCGGGGGAUACAAGUGUUCUACCGACGUCCACCAAACUAAACCCCUCUUUUGUUCCUCCACCAACUAACUUUGUGAGAUCUGCCUCUGAACGGAGAUGCAAACAUGUCCAUUUUGACAAAAGCAGUAAAACUUCAGCUCUAUCAAGUGUACAAGAAGUUGGGUUCCAGUAUAAGAAAGUACUUGGUGAGAUACAAGUACCUACACAAAGAGUACAUCACGGAAAAGCUUUAGAAGACAUACAAGAAAUAGAGCCAGUAAGGUUGGGGGCUUUUCCGAAGAAAGUGGAGAAAAGUUCGACCUUAAAGCCAAUACUUCAGCCAACCCUCAGAUGGGAAGAAGAAAGGAACAUGUGGCUGGAAAACAAACGGGUAGCUUACCACAGUCAGCUGAACAAGGAAAAUUAUGAGCAAAAUCAAGUUUGUGAGGUGAAAGAAGUAAAGAAACGUUCCUCUAAACUGUCAUUGUUCAAUAAGAAGCCAAGUCUACGUUAGACUCAGCAUACUUGAAAGUGGUUGUGAAUUGAAUUUAUAUAGUUUCUUACUGUACCUGAUAUUUUAUAUGUAUGGUGCCUGUGUAGUGUAGAAGUUUUGUACUUAAACUAACUUAUUACAUUUAAAAUGAUAUUAAUAUAUUUGUAAAGUUGAACUAACAUUAAAGUGUAUUAAAUGUACUGAAUUUCCAUUAGAUUAGUAUGAGAGGUGUGACAAACACAAACAAUUUGUAUGAACCUUGCAUUUAUUAGUUUCAGUUUAUGUAGAACAUAACGUUGGUAAAAUAAUAUAACAUGCAGAACAUAUUUGAUCAAAGAUUCCAAUUUGAAAGAAUAAUUAUAUUCUAAGCAAUACAAGUUUUAUCAUUUAUAUUUU